AGAACAACAAAAGUCUGCAGCGGUUUUUCGUCAUUUCUAUGCAUUAGCAAUAACCUUCCGCCAUGUCGCCCCAAGAGGAGAAAGAGUCCCCUGAGAAAGAGUUCGCCGGUAACACGACUCUACACGGACUUAACAGGAUUGUGAUCGCCCCAAGCGGUUACUUCCGGGUCCUGUGGGUUUUUGCCAUUCUGGCUUCAUAUAGCGGAUUCUCAUACAUGUUGAGCUCUAUGAUCAUGGACUAUUUCAGCUACGACACCAUCACCGAUACGAAGUUGCAGUUUACCGAUGGCUUACCAUUUCCGGCUGUCACAAUCUGCAACAUGAACAUGUUUGAUGCCGGGAAACUGACGUUAGUAGAGACAUCUUACCUGUCUCCGUACCUGUACAGAACUCAGUUAGACAUCCCCACUCUCCUGGCCAUCGGCUUCAAUCCUGACGAUACCAUCAACUCUACCAUAGGGAACAUAACAUUACAAGAUAUCGUGUUCCAAAACGGCUUUGACAUCAACCCAGAUCGCAUGUCACUCUGCUUCUGGAAAAACGAGGCUUGCACCUAUUUGAACUUUACACAUUCGUACACCUCCUUCGGCAACUGUUACACCUUCAACUCCGACAAGUCCAACACGCUAUGGCAGACGAUGGAGGGGCACGGAAAUGGUCUCAUGGUCUUUGUGGACGUUAGAGCGGAUCAGUACACGGAAAGCUAUUUCUCAGGAGGGAACUCUGAAAUCGGACUGAAGUUACUGGUUCAUGACCAAGAUGAGCCUCCUAUGAUGGAAACCCAGGGCAUCGCCCUCGCACCGGGGAGCCACGCUUUCAUCGGCGUCAAGCGGACAGUGUACGAGAACCACGUGCCACCGUGGGGGGUCUGCGAGGACCGACAGCUGGAGUAUUACGACACCUACACGAUGAACGGCUGCUAUCUGGAGUGCAGAAGUAAACACGUCAUCGCGAACUGCAGCUGUCGGCCCUUCUCCUUGCCAGGAAAAGCGCCACUAUGCGACCCAGGUAAUACCUCCACUUGCGUCAGAACUGUACUAGAGAGGGUGAUCUCUGGUGAGCUGAAGUGUGACUGUCCUGUACCUUGCAGUAUGAUCAAGUACAGCACGUCUGUGUCCUACGCUGGGUGGCCAAACAGAAACACCAGGGACUACAUCACUCAACUUUACGGCAUCGACAAAGACUACAUGGCAGAAAAUGGUGUUGUCUUCAGCGUCUUCUACGAACAACUGAAUUAUCAGAAAAUCCGGGAGCUGAAAGCUAUGGACGGUGGACAACUUGCAAGUAACAUCGGAGGAAUGAUGGGCCUGUUUAUAGGAGCCAGCCUGCUGACCCUCCUGGAGGUGUGGGAGUACCUGUGGCAGCGUCUGAAGGGGUUCCUCGGGAAAAGUACUAUUAGGCAUCCGAGGGUCGCAGAGGUCCAAGCUGAGCCUGAUAACAAAGCCGAGAGCAUGCAUAAUGCCACUUUUUACAAAUGAACGUUGCCUUUCAAAUCAUUACGUAGUAACAAAGGAGUUUAUAUAUUAUAUACCAUUUGAAAACUCGUGCCUAGACAAAAUGCGACUGCAAAUCUACGCUAAAACGUUUUGUGGGCGCGGUUGGAGCGCCAUAUUUUGUACUCUAUCGUAGUAAAUAUCACAUUUGUUGUAUGUAAAGUAGUGGCUAACGAAGGGUUUGCUCAAAUGAAGGAAUGGUUUAACAUUCAGUAAGUACUAUAGUCUGUUUUUAUACACCCCAUUGGUGGUGUCUCACUGCUUCUGGGGCACCACUGCUGCACUACGGGGUUCGUUCACUGCGACACUGUUGUGUAAUAUUCCUAUUUUUUUCAUAAUUGAGUUAUUGCCUAAAUACGUAAAAGUUUGACUUAGAGUUAAGAUGUAUUUCUUCCAAGAUAUGUUACUA